GCCGCUUCAGGCGCGCUUAUAAGAGCUGCUGCCCUAAUGAGAAACAAAUUGCAAUUUACUUACCUAUAGUCAAAUUUUUAAUUUUUCAAAAUAUAUUUCAAAGAUGGUCAAGUUAACUCCGGAUCUCAUUCAACAGUCUAUGCAGUACAUCAAUCCUGUAAGAGAUCGUGAGUUAGAUCUCCGAGGGUACAAAAUACCAACUAUAGAAAAUUUAGGAGCGACACUGGAUCAGUUUGACACGAUAGAUUUUUCAGACAACGAUGUCAGAAAACUAGAUGGGUUUCCGUUAUUGAAGCGUAUCAAGACAUUGUUUUUCAAUAACAACAGAAUAAUCAGAAUAGCCGAAGGCUUAGAGAACUGUAUACCAAAUUUGGAAACCCUGGUGCUCACGGGUAACAUGAUUCAGGAACUUGGCGAUCUCGAACCAUUAGUUAACCUGCAGAAACUUUCUACUCUGUGUUUGUUACAAAAUCCGGUAUCUGCUAAACCUUACUACAGACAAUACCUUGUCUUCAAACUACCACAAUUGAAAUUGCUAGAUUUUAGAAAAAUAAAACAAAAGGAACGUGAUGAAACUAGGGUAUUUUUUAAAAGCUCAAAGGGCAAAGAAGUCCUCAAAGAAAUAUCAAAGAAAGCCAAAGCAGCAGCGCAAGGAGCAGAUACCGCAGAUAAGCCUAUUGUAAGUGCGGGUGAGAGAGAAAAAAUCAAGGAAGCCAUUUCAAAUGCAACUUCGUUGGAAGAAGUUCAGAGACUCAGCAAACUUUUACAACAAGGUCAAAUUCCAGUGGAUCCCAGGCACCAAAACGGAAACGCAGAAGGCGGAGAAAUGGAAGAAGAGGAUGAUUAAAAUCCAUUCAGACUAAUAUUAAGUUUAUUUAUUAAGGCAUUAAUUAAUAGUAAGCAUUGAAAAUUUUGAUUCUGAUUUGUAUCGAGCUGAUAAAAAUUUAUUUACUACACAAUAGAUAUACUUGCUUGAGUAAAAAUGAAAACCAAAAUUAUUAUUCUUUAAAAAAAAGUUGUGAGAAGCUUAUACAGUAGCGCUAAAGGUUUAGAGAAGCGAAAUAUUGAAGUAUAUUAUUAGUUACUGAUACACUUCUAAAAAUAAUACUUUAUUC